AUGAGUCCUAAAUACCUACAAAGUUCAAUGCAGAUCUGUCAUAAAGACCGUGUGCUGAUCGCUGAUCCAUACACAAGAUCACUUCUUCAGAGGUAUGCUAAGGAACAGCCUCCACUGACCAUGCUGGAGUUCACUAAAAUGGUGGAACUCCUUGGAUUUCACAGUCAACCACUUCAAAAUCUUGUCAAGUCCUUUGGUAACUCCACAUGCCCUCCACCAUAUGUACCUUUUCUGAAAAGUCUUGCCUUGGAUAGCCCCAUUUGUGGGAUGUUCCAUCCUUCAAAAAAUCUAAGGCAAACUUUGAUAGAAAUGAGGGAAAAGGAUCCGAAGACAUCACCAAAGCUCCUUGAAGACCUGCAAAUGCAACUGCCAUUGUAUACUAAAGAUAAAAACAAGCAUACCAUUUUAAUUUUGCUUUAUGACUGGAUAUUGAAUUCCUUUUCCUAUUAUUCCACACAGGUUUUUAAGUUGAUUUGCCUCUUAAGUAGAACUCCUCCAGAACUCAUCGAGUUGCUCAUAUCUUUAGAGGAGAAAGCUGCCGAGAGCUACCCUCCAGAUACCAUGGCAUCUCUAUCUGAGGAUGAAACUGAGUUGAAACUCAACAGUUUUUUCCCAUCCCUCCCUAUCCAAAGAUGCAGGGGAACGUAUGAGAUGGACUUAAAAGGGUGCAGAAAGAGCAGCCACGACUGCAACAAAAAAUCAAGAGGCCACCCUAGUCUACUGCCUGGAGUGUUUUGCCUCUUUUGUGAACAUGGUAUCUGCUAUGGGUAUGAGCUGAUGGAUUCCAAUGAAUCGCCAAACAUCCCAUUCACUCUCCUUUUGACAAGAUUUAAGAAAGCUCCAUCCACUGUCAUCUAUGACAAUUCUUGCAAGCUGCACACCUACUGCUUGAACCGUUAUCCUGACUUUUUUAGAGGAACAUGGUUUUUAGUCGACCGGCUGCACUGGUUCAAUCACAGAGGCUGCAAUGAUGGCUACAAUUUAAAUGAGUAUGCCCAGUUCAGCAGUCUUAACAGUCAGGCUGCUGAGCAGUGCAACAGCUCACUUGCUUAA